UAUGUGUGCUACAUUUUCCAGACUCUUUUUGCUAUUUUUCUCCGUCGUCCUGUUACCUGGAUUAUUGGCGAUACCCUCCCAAAGUACCACUCGACGGUCGGGCUGCACAGAUCCAACUACUCGCGUGGAAUGGACAACUUUAACGGAAGAUGAGAAAAGAGCCUAUUUUGAGGCAGAACUGUGCCUCCUCGCAGCGCCUGCUCAAACUGACAUAUCAGGUGUCGUUUCGCGCUACGACGACUUGGUUGGUGCCCAUGCACAGCAGUGCGACAUUGACGAUGGCAAUGAUUUGUGGCAUUUAACAGGACAAUUCUUACAUGUUCAUCGUUACUUCAUGCACGCCCACGAGACACUUCUCCGUAAUGAAUGCGGGUAUACCGGUACAAUCCCUUACUGGAACGAGGUCGUCGACGCCGGCUCAUUCAGCACCUCCAAAGUCGUGUUAGACUUUGGAGGGGAAGGCCUAGAGGCAAAUGACUGGGACGUCGUUGAUGGACCUUUCGCUAACCUGACUCGCAACCUUGGGCCUGGAACGACGAAUACGAAACAUUUCCUUACACGGGAAGUGAAUGAGACAUCCGCGCUCCUGGAAGGACAGACAUACGUCGAUGAACUUCUUGCGCUGACCAAUCUAUCGGAUUUCCGGGCUACGAUGUUCAUCGGAAUCCAUACGGCAGGGCAUAUAGCUGUUGGAGGGGAUAUGGCCAACGUCAUGACGUCGCCUAAUGACCCAAUAUUCUGGCUGCAUCACGGAUACGUGGACUACGUUUGGUGGAAGUGGCAGGGCGGUAACGAGACGCGGAUUAACGACCUAACGGAUGUUGGGUAUGAGACACAAAGAGAGCCUGCUACGGGCUACGUUGAAACGAACCGAAACACGGUGUUAUAUCUUUUUGACGUCCUCCCUAACGCGACGGUUGCUGACGUGCUGGAUACGGAAGGCGGUUAUCUGUGUUAUACUUAUGCUUGACGUUCUCUUUUGAUUUAUUCCGCACUGAUAUUGGCCUUUCAAGUUCAAUGGGUCAGCCACUAUCAGAUACUUACUUACUUUGUAUGGUGAGAUUAAAUGAAAUGGGAUGCCCCCUUAUGUUGUCC